GGAAAUUAUCACAACUACUGAAGGGAAAAAUGGAAGAUAAAAGAGAUUUAUUGAAACAACCACUUCAUGGGAUUUAUAUUCCCAUUGCGUUGAUGAUCGUUGGUACUUUGAUGCUCGAUGUUUCAUACAUGCCCUACACCAUUGCAUUUAUUGUCAUCAUGUGUAGUAUCAACUUUUACUCUGCUUGGAGUAGAAGAUGUUCUAUUGAUCCUGUUAAAUGGACUGAAUUAGAAAUGAUUGACAGAACUGUCAUCUCCAAAAACUCGGCCAUCUACAGAUUCCAAUUGAAGCACCAAGAUGAAGUAUUGGACAUCCCUACCGGACAUCAUUUGGCUUGUGUUUUCAUGGUUGAUGGUAAAGAUGAAGUUAGAUACUAUUCCCCAAUUUCCAACAAGUAUGAUGCCGGGUUCUUUGAUAUUUUGGUGAAGUCUUAUCCCAAUGGUAAGGUAUCAUCCAGAUUUCCUAACUUACGUGAAGGUCAAACUGUUAAAUUUAGAGGACCGGUUGGAAGAUUGGAAUACAAAACAAACAUGGCUAAAGAGAUUGGGUUGAUUGCAGGAGGUUCCGGAAUCACUCCUAUCUUACAAGUGAUCACUGAGGUGAUUACCACUCCCGCUGAUACCACCAAAAUCUCCUUGAUUUACGCCAAUAACACUCUUAAUGAUAUUUUGUUGAGAGAUGAAAUUGAUGAAUUGAGUAAAAACUAUCCGAAUUUUAAAGUUCACUACACGUUAACAGAACCUCCAGCUAACUGGGAAGGUAGCACUGGGUUUGUUUCCAAGGAAAUGAUCACCAAGUACUUGCCUAAACCUUCCGAAGAAAACAGAUUGUUUAUCUGUGGACCUCCAGAAAUGAAAAAAUCUUUGAUCGAAAUAUCUCAGGAAUUAGGUUGGGACAAGACAUCCAUGAAGUCUGAUCCUAAUGAUCAAGUUUUCUGCUUCUAGGUAUUAUUUGAUAGUUGUCAAAUUCAUAUUUAUAUGUAAUAGAGUUCAAGUUCGAAAAUCUGCG